AUGGACCUGCCGCUAGCACUCCUCCUCCUCCUCGCCGUCUUCCUCGCCCCGACCGCACUGCUCUUCCUCGCCUUCCACUUCCACCCGCACCACCCCCACCACCCCCGCCCCACGCCUUCUCCCGAACCGCCCGCCGCAGACCUCGACCCGCCCGCGCCGCCCGAGGAGGAGAAGAGGCCGCGGCGGAGGGCCAAGCGGAAGCAGCAGCAGCAGCAGCAGAAGGGCGGGGCCGAGGCAGCGGGCGACGACGACGACGCGCUGCUGCUGCCGCGGCGCCCGCAGUUCCCGCUCGCCUCGGUGGCCGGCCCGCUGCAGCGCCGGAUCACCGCGCGCUACGACGACCUCGCGCGGGCCAGCCAGGACCACUGCCUCACCGUUCACCAGAUUCGCGAGUUCCUUAACUGUCUUGUAGAUGCGAGGAAUGAGCUGCUGCAUAAGUCUGAGAUCGCCCGAAGAAGCUUUACAAUAAAGAAGGCCCUGUUAUCCAACAGUCGUAACUGUAGGUCUUCAUAUGAUCAACAUCGCCUAUCUAAACAGGUAGAUAAACUGGAAUCAGAACAUGAAAGACUAAAGAAAGAUGCCGCCGUUUACAACUAUCUUCAGGAGCAGCUUCGGAUGUCAGACCACUACAAAUUGAUGAUGGAGCUUAACGACGCAAUGGAGAAGAAAGCCCUUGAACAAGCCCUCGCUGACGAGGAAUCCCAGAUGUCAUUCGAGGAGCUGCUGGAGGAGGAGAAGAAGGACGCUGCCUUCUGGUGGCGUGACGGGAAGCUGAGGUCAAUCUCGGACUGCAAGUAGGGAGCAAGAGGUCAGACAAGGCGAUCACAGCACUCAUCGGUCUGAACUUCAUUAAGAACUAAACAACUGAAUUUGUCCAUUUGGGAACUAGUGUGUUCAAAUCAGACCAUGGACGGUGUGGUCACGCUUGUCGACCUCUUAGCUCCCUGUAGGCCUGUACCAUGACUUCUUGAGUCAUGGCUUCGAAUAAAAUUUAAACUGAGCAGAUUCAAAUGGUGUGUUGUCCUUGCUUGGUGCCUGUGAUGUUUGUUCACUGAA